AUGGCUUCCGUUCAGAACGAGCUGGUGGAUCUGGAGCAAAAGGCAGGAGCGACGGCCUGGGGGGUGGGGGAGCGGCUUGGGUACGCGUGGCCCUUGCUGGAGCUGUGCAGCGAGGAACGUAGGAAGUGGGGAGCGUGCCGGUAUCCCCACAUACACCUCCCGCAUGCGGCGCCCGUGUUUGUGGAAAAAGGCGGAUUUCGGAUCUCGCCUCCGGGAGAGGGGCCGGUCCCAUGGACGCCCACGCGGGUACUGGGGCCUCACGCCGGCGGAUCCGGGCACCUGCACCACGGCGGCGCCGGAGGGACGGACCUCGCCCUGCCCGGGCAGCGCUGCCGGAGCGCUCAGCCCCACUCGUGUCGGCGGCCGCCGCGCUGCAGCGACACGACCGGACGGGGCGCAAGGGGCAGCGGUGAUGCCCGGGCGCGGGGCGGGACGUGGGCAGGAGAGCGGCCGAGGGGUGCGCGGGGUGCCGCUCCCGCCGCCCCGCCGCAGAGCCCCGCUUUGUUCCCGGGGGAGGCGCUGAGCGCAGGGUGCGCGGGUGCCUUCCCCACCGCCUGGCCCCUUCCCGCGUGUCUCCGAACACGCGUGUGCCCCGCUGCCUGCGCGCGCGCGCUGGGUGUUGGGUGCUCGAGCCGCGGCCAAAGCCGUGUAAGGAACACAGCUCAUUGUUGGCAAGUGCCGAUGCGCCUCGCGGAGGGGCGAGAACCAGCUCCGGGGCUGCGGCAGCGAUCGCGGCGCCGGUCACGUCAGCGCUGGGGAGAGGGAGCCGGAGAAGCCCUCUCUAUGCUGGGUGACUCUCGCUGACUGAUUCCACCGCCACCUUUGAAGGA